GCGGCUAGCUCCUCCCUUCGUGGCAAGAUGGCGGCGCCCAGGUGUACCACGCCAGGCUUCUGGUUCCGGGGUUCCGGGCAGCGUUUGGGGAAUCUCUUGACAUUCGUCUCUCAGCCAUUUUGUUCCGCCACUGCUGCCUCUAGAUCUCUGAAUGCCCAGGGAUUAGCGGAGAGGCUUCGAGCCAAGAAGCGGGAGCAAAAGACGAAGGAGCCGGUGCCCACAAACCCUGUUCAGCGGAGAGUGCAAGAACUAGUGCGGUACACACAGCAGCUGCAGCGAGUCCACCCCAACGUGCUCGCCAAGGCACUGAGCCGAGGGAUUGUCCACCAGGACAAUGACCUUUUGGUCAUCAGUAAGCCCUACGGUGUUCCUGUGCAUGGUGGCCCUAGGGUCCAGCUCUGCAUCAGUGAUGUCUUGCCGAUCCUGGCGAAGAUGCUUCAUGGCCACAAGGCAGAGCCCCUGCAUCUGUGCCACCGUCUGGACAAGGAAACUACAGGUGUAAUGGUGUUGGCUUGGGAAAAGGAAGUGGCACAUCAAGUCCAAGAGUUGUUUAGAACCCGUCAGGUGGCAAAGAAGUACUGGGGUCUGUGCGUCACCCCCAGGGCCAUCACCGUGCACGUCCCGGUGCCCUCAGCAGGAGUCGUGGACAUCCCCAUCAUUGAGAAGGAGGUGCAGGGCCCGCAGCACCACCACAAGAUGACGCUGUCCCCAAACUACCGCAUGGACAGUGGGAAAGUGGUGAGAGUGCGGGCCGGCCAGAACUCGCAGCUGGCUGUAACGCAGUACCGGGUGCUGAGCAGCACCCUCUCCUCUGCCCUCUUGGAGCUCCAGCCUAUCACCGGAAUAAAACAUCAGCUUCGUGUUCACCUGUCUUUUGGAUUGGAUUGCCCAGUCCUUGGUGAUCACAAGUACUCAGCCUGGAGUAGGCUGGCCCCCCAGAAACUGUCUGCUGGUAUCCUGAAGAAGCUGGGGCUGCCGCAGUCGAAGGCCCGCCACAUCCCCCUUCACCUGCACGCCCGCCAGCUGAUCCUGCCUGCCCUGGGGUCCAGGAGAGAGGAACUCAGCUUGGUCUGCAAGCUUCCUCGCUACUUUGUACAUUCCCUGGGCCGUCUGGGCUUGCAGAUGCCAAGUCCGGAUCAAAAGGGGGAUGAAGCCGGGCAUCUGGUAGCCCAGUGAACACGGUUGGGCUGUUUGGCUCCAGAAUUCUUCUCUUUGUUUAAUGGACUCUGUGAACUUCGCACAUGGAACAGACUCCAGAAAAGCCAGGUGUGAUAAGUUGAUGAAAUCCAGCUGCUUCAGGCUUUUACCGGAGACUAGUCUAUUUACUGAUACUUCGGGCACACUGGAAAAGCCUGCGGAAAGUCUCCCUGCCUCUGGCCUCUUUGCCAAGGUGGAAGAGAGCCCGGGAUCAGGCAGUUAGGGUCUGUAAUUGGAGAAGAAGAACAAAAGCACAGAUCUGUGAUCAAGAACUGUUUCUAUCCAACAAUAAAGCUCUUGAUCUAAGAAGG